CGAUCCUUCGCUUGUUCGGUUAGCGAGCUAGGGUUCCUUCCUUCGUGCUCAUCGCCCCCGGCCUAUGAAACGCUGUGCGGAGCUUGAUCUUGCGGGUGAUGACCAGGCGCUGGCGACGAAGCGUUCGCGUGCGCUUGCACCUCAAGUGCCUGGUCGACUCGCCGGGCUCAAAGGAGGGCCGCUCCCGUUCGCAAGGGCGCCAAAGCUAGCCACACAGCAAAAUUUGCACCUCGGCAGGAAUCCGUUCCUCGACUUGAUCUCGCACGGGCCUGCGACUGUCCAAGUCCCACAUGCAACAGCCGCGGCAUGUCGCAGUCGGAAAGCACCUUUAGGCUCCCCACCAGACCACCAAACGCUGAGCAGCAAUCAGCCUAUAUGCUCGGAACAUGUAAAACGGGCGCCGGGGACCUGUCAUGGUUCGGGUUGCCUCGACGCGGGCGUUAUGGAGCGGACGAAGCCGGACGUCCCGGCCACGGCGCAGCGGGCUUCCUGCGCUAGCUCGGGCGAUGAAGCCGACGCCAGUAACAGCAUUUUCGGAGACGCCGACGCCGCACCAGCAGCACCGACAGCAGCGCCGGCGGCAGACGCGGGGGACUCGGACGCUGAGAGCUGCGCCAGCUACAGCACGGUGGGGAGCGCCAUUGACUCCGACGCGGCGCCUGAUCCGGCCGCGGGCGGCGGUGCGGACGACGAGGGUGAGGACUCCGCCACCAGUGCGCUGUUGCCUGGCUCAACCGCUCACGCAGCACCAGCAGCAGCACCAGCAGCAGCACCAGCAGCAGCUCCAGCAGCAGCUCCAGCAGCAGCACCAGCAGCAGAAGCAGCAGGUGCCGAUGCGCAGGGCCGGCCGCAAGACAGCUCGGCGACGCAGGGUCAGGGUCAGGGGCAGGGGCGGUCAGCCCGUCAGGCUGAGGCGCAGGCGCAGGCCCAGGUCGGCUGUGGCUGUGGCUGGCAGCCGCCGCGCCCGGGCUCCGUCCCGCCCUUCCAGCUGUACGCCAGCUGCGCCACCAGCCGCAGUGUGCUACGCUGCUGCAAGACGGCGGCGCGGGCGCUGUGGCCGCCGGGGGUGGCAGCCGCGGUGGCGCAGGGACAGCAGGUGCAGUGUGUGGUCCGGGUGGACCUGCCGUGGAACCCCGCUGGCGUGGAGCUGCGCCCGGUGGUGCUGCGCGGGCGUCAGAUGCGGCAGGGCGGGGGCAAGGCAGCCGCCGCCGGUGCGGCCGCAGGCUCAGGUGCAGCCGCCCCCCUGCGCUGUGUGGCGGUGGACGUGGCCUUUCCCGCGGGGCCGCCCGCUCCUGCCCCCGUGCCGAACGGGGCGGCGGCGGGGGCGGGGCCGGGGGCGGGGCCGACUGCGGCACCUGCAACAGAGGGAGCAGGUGCAGCCGGGGGCGCCGCAGCGGCGCCGGCGCCGGCGGUUGCUGGUGUUGCGCGCGGCGUACGUGGCUGGCGGCUGCUGGACUGCGCGCCGCCCGGCACUCGCUUCACGCUCACCGCCUCGGCGGACGGCGUGCCGCUGGUGCGGGUGGCCACGCCGGAGGACGAAUUGGCUCGGGCAGCGGACCUGCGGGCGCGCGCCGAGCGGCGGCAGCGCCUGCGGGCCCCCCGGCGCGAGGAGCGACAGCGCCACCAGCGCGCCGCCCUGGAGGUGCUGGCGGGGGCGGCAGGCAGUGGCCUGACGGCUGCCAGCGGCAGUGGCAGUGGCGGCGACAGUGGCGGCGACAGUGGCGGCGGCACGGCUGCCGCUGGCGAUGCCACGGAUGUUGCCGGGGCCGCCGGGAGUGAGGACAGCGGGGCCUCUGCCUCUGCGACCAUCCACUUGCCCAGCCGCCGCCCUGCUCCUGCUGCCACGGCGGCCGCCGCAAAGACGCAGCAGCAGCAGCCCCCAGCCGCGGCCCCUGACCUGGUGCAAGCAGGCUCCGCCGCCACUGCGCAAGCCGCCCAGGCUGCGGCGGCGGCCGGGCCGAGCGAUGCCGCCGCGAAGCUGGCGCCCAGCAUUGCGCCUUGCGCAGCUGCGGGGCAAGCCUCACCGGCGCCCGCAUCCCCACCAGCCGCGGCCCAGGGCACCGCACCCGCCGCGGCCACGACCCCGGCCCCAGCCGGCGGGCCGGGCGUGUGGAUGGUUGUGAAGCAGCUGACUCAGUCCGAGGUGAUGCGCACCAGCUGCCGCAUCCACCUGCCCGCCACCAGCAGCAGCCUAGUGGACGGCCUGUGGCGCAACCCACGGGUGGUGGCGACUUGGGCAGCGGCGUCCGGCGGCGCGCCGCCGCCACCGCCCCGCACGGCGGCGGCGGUCCGUACGCAGCAGCAGCAGCAGCAGCAGCAGGCGCCGCCGCUGACGCGGGAGGAGGUGGCUGCGGGGCUGGAGGUCGUGCCUUUCCGGCGCGUGGGGCGCGUGGUGCUGGUGUCGGCGGACUGGCAGCAGGCCCGUUUCGAGGUCGACCUGCUGGUGGGUCGGCGCACGUGCGGCAAGCGGCCGCAGCUGGCCCUGGACGGCGCGGGCGGCCCCAUCGCGCUCUACUGCGCCCGCGUGGGCGACACGCUGUGCCUGCAGGAGCUGCAGGAGGGGCAGGAGCUGCAGACACAGCAGGAGCCGCAGCCGCAGCAGGCGAACAGUGGCUGCCUGGCUGCUGCUGCUGCUACUGCUGCUACUGCCACUGCUGCUGCUACUGCUGCUGCUGCUGCUGCUGCUACUGCUGCUGGGCAGCCAGCCGCGGGGGCUGGCACUGGCGGCGCUGGUGCGGGUGCUGCUGGAGCUGGGGCUGGGGCCGGCGGUGGCCGUGGGGCUCCGGCGCAGGGCCCAGUGGCGGUGUUCCGGUUCCGCAUCCUCAGCCGGGACCAAGUGCGGAUGCAGCGGGCGCGUCUGGAGGAGGGGCAGUAGCAGGGCGGGACAGGACGAGUCUGGGGUUGAGUUGGGGUUUGUACAUGCUGUGAAGAUUGUGUGGUGAUCGGGAGUCAGGACACGGGGUGUGGACAUGCAUGUGCAGCGGUGCCGUGUACCUGCCUGGCAUGAUGAGGUCAUGGCAAGUACUUCGCACCCUGCGCUGGCUGCGAGCUGGGUCUGAUGCGUCGUAUGUUCCAUUGGCACAGCUGCCAGGCUGAAUCGCAACUCUCGGAUUCCGUCAGCGUGUGUCGGGCGUGCUGACGUCUGUAUUCCUCAAACAGGAAGAAUCGAAAGUGCAUUUGCCGAACAGAUUGUUGCCGCAUUUAUCUUGUUAUGGGUGAAGCGCUUUUUAUGGUGCGCUAGGUGUUCGUGGGCGCUAAGCAAGCUGUACAAUUUUGGCCGUACCAUACAUUAUGUGAACACAUUUCCACGGGACCUGGCCUCCGUACCGGAAUAGUGUUGUUGUACGCUUGUGCGCUUUUGCAGUGAUAGUGAUGCCGUAAUGGUAAUCUGGUAAACAUUUUUAUGAUGGUGAUCAUGAGUAUUGUGAGUGGCUAGGUAGGUAGGAAGGCUUGGAACUUGUGUGCUACAGUGGGUGGUAUCAGUGCCGGAGCCUUGGGGUGAGGUAUGUGGGAGGAGUGUGCCCGUACCGUGCAAGCAGGACCAUGGGCAGUAUUUCUUGCGACGAGAGGUGUGCCGGCCGUGUAGAGCCGGACGAGAGGUGUGCCGGCCGUGAGGUUAGUCUGAUGUGCGGCCUGGCAUGUUGCACACUUGUACUCAUCGCAUCCGAAGGCCCUCCCUUUGCUGUUGGGGAGCCUGCCCCCAUGUGCAUCGCUACGGUACCUGUAUGCAUCUUGAUGACAUGACGCGCUGCUGGAAGUCAAGACGUUAAGUGCAAAGUCGAGUGUUUGGAGAGGUCGCGUUGGGAUGCCAACCGUCGGGCAAUGGCAAGGCUUGGGCUCCCUGCGGAGCCGUAAGCUGGGCCGGGCCCUGUAAGACAACAUCGCC